CUCUGGAUGAAGGAGAUAUUGCCUUGCUGAAAACCUAUGGCCAGAGCACAUACUCAAGGCAGAUCAAGCAAGUAGAAGAUGAUAUUCAACAACUACUUAAGAAAAUCAAUGAGCUCACUGGAAUCAAGGAAUCCGACACUGGGCUGGCUCCUCCUGCCCUUUGGGAUCUGGCUGCUGAUAAGCAAACUCUCCAAAGUGAGCAACCAUUACAAGUUGCAAGGUGUACAAAGAUAAUCAAUGCAGACUCUGAGGAUCCCAAGUACAUUAUCAAUGUCAAGCAGUUUGCCAAAUUUGUGGUGGAUCUCAGUGACCAGGUGGCACCUACUGACAUAGAAGAAGGCAUGAGGGUUGGGGUGGACAGAAACAAGUAUCAAAUCCACAUCCCCUUGCCUCCAAAGAUUGAUCCCACAGUCACCAUGAUGCAAGUAGAAGAAAAACCAGAUGUCACUUACAGUGAUGUUGGUGGUUGUAAAGAGCAGAUUGAAAAGCUGAGAGAAGUGGUUGAAACACCUCUGCUUCAU